GCGCUUACUUUGCGUGGAAGGCGACAGCGAUGGGCAAGAAUCACAUCAAUGGCAAGUCAUUCCUCGAGAAACGUUAUAGCGAAGAGUUAGAGCUCGAAGACGCCAUUCAGACCGCUAUCUUAACUUUAAAGGAGGGCUUUGAGGGACAGAUGACUCCCGACAACAUCGAGAUCGGCAUUUGUGACGCUCAGGGCUUUAGAAGGCUUUCGCCCGCAGAAGUGAAGGACUAUUUGGCGACAAUCGCUUGAUUUGAAUGUCAUUUUCCUUAUUUUUAUUAAUUCUCUUUUAUAAUAAAUUAUAAGAUUUUGUGUCAAUUCAAUGAAAACAUUAAAAUUGAGUUAUUGUUAACAAACAUCUCCAAAAA